AUGAAGGAGAAGAAGAGGAAGAGGAAGAAGAAGAUGAAGUUCUCACUCUUGCUCCUCCUCUGCAUGUUUGCCUGCACAGCAUGGAUGCAGACGGCAUACGCCGACGGUGACGGUGACGGCGAUGGCGACGGUGACGGCGAUGGCGACGGUGACGGCGAUGGCGACGGAGGAGAUGUAGCAGAACUGAACGCCGACGCUGACGCCGAUGCUGACGCCGAUGCUGACGCCGAUGCUGACGCCGAUGCUGAUGCCGACGCUGACGCCGAUGCUGCAACCGAUGUAGCAGAACUGAACGCCGACGCUGACGCCGAUGCUGACACCGAUGCUGACGCCGAUGUUGACGCCGAUGCUGACACCGAUGCUGAUGCCGACGCAGACGCUGCUGACAGGAGAUGAUCAGACAAUAACGAUCCAGUGAGGGACAGAGAGAGCUAGAGAGAGAGAGACACACACACACAGAGGUGUUAAAUUGUUAUUCAGAUGCAUACAAAAAAGUAAUCAUUUUACUGGAAUAUCUUUCUCUAAUUCAAAUAAAUAUGAUCAAGGGGAUUAGAUGCUUUAAACCACAUGUGCACAUGUAUACUAAGAGACGGAAACUUACAAUUUCUCACAUAAUUAUGAGGCUUCUAAGUGUACAUGCUUUGCUGAGGAACAGGUCUCAGCUGAUGACAGGCUGUUAACCCUGUUAUCCGUGUAUUAUAAAUCCUGUAUAGAAACCGUAUCUCUCGUUUGGAAGUAUUAUCACUGCCUUUGUAUAUUCUAAAUUGUACACUGUCUUUUAAAAGACAACUUGAGUCUUUAGUUUGAUAUCACUUAUGUUCAUGGAGGUGGGUUUAUUUCAAGAGAAGUGGAAAAGCCAAGGUGACUCUUUAAUUUUGUUGUAGGCCUACCACUGCAUGAAAUAUGAUGUGUAUGUGAAAACAGCAAUACACAUCUGAAGAAAUUCAGGGUUAAGGUACAUUUUUGUUAACAUCCUCAGUUUUGUAAAUUUUCGUUUUCUUUGAUUUUAAUUGAAAUAAAUCACGUCUUUGUAUUAACAACCAA